AUGGCAUCAACUACUCAACAACCACCACCAACACAAGAACCGGCAUCGCUACGUAGCAAAAAAGAUGCAAAAUUUCCAAAACCCAAAAUAUCCGUCCACGAUCCACUCCACUUGAUUAAACGAGUUCGUCACUCGAUUCGUAAUUUUCCUCUGGAGUUACUUCCAUUAGCGGUUGUAGUUACGGCAGGACUAAGUGGUGCUACGUUUGCCAUGAUUCAUAAAUGGUAUACUGAUCCUAAUCUGAGAAAGUUUCCGAUGA